AUGCCAAGCUUCGUGACAGCGAAGAGUGUUGAGGAUCUGUUCCUGUCCUGGAAGCAACGCUUCGGCGGAAUUUUCACCGUCUGGAUUGGCCCGAUUCCUUUAGUGAUGGUGUCGGAUCUGGCGACGAUUAAAAAGUACUUCAUACAACACGCGGAUUCAUUUUCGAAUCGUUGGCGCAAUUUUGUGACCGACUCCAUUAUGGAAGGCACCAAUGGGGUUGUCCAAAUCGACGGCGACAAAUGGAGGGAGCAGAGACGGUUUGCAUUGCACACUCUGCGCGAUUUCGGUGUUGGCAGACCAUUAAUGGAAGACAAAAUAAUGCUAGAGGUUGAAGCCCUCACAAAAUAUCUCGAAAAUCACAAUGGCAAAGCGAUCAAUUUGUGUAGUCCGAUUGCGGUUUGUGUCGGAAAUAUUAUAAAUAAUAUGCUAUUCGGUGUCAGAUUCUCACAGGGUGACAUCAAAAUGCAUAAAUUGCACAAUCUUCUCGACAAACAAUCUCAAAUUGUUAUGAGAUCCAUUAUGGGAGCCUAUAUCGCAAUGCCAAUCACCAGCAAAGUGCCCCUAUUGAAUUCGACGUGGAUUGAUUUGAUGAAAAUCAAAAAAGAAUUGUGCACAUUUCUGAAAACUCAAAUCAAAGAGCAUGAGCAACGAUGGACUGACGAUAUGAUGGAAAAUGACGUUGAGGAUCUCACAUUUGCCUAUAUGAAGGAGGUUGAGAAGCGAAAACGAGCUGGAGAAGACGUUGGAUAUUUCGACGACCAACAAUUGGAAAUGCUGCUUCUUGAUUUGUUCUUUGCUGGAAUGGAAACCACUGUGACAACUCUCAAAUGGGCGUUUCUGCUAGUCGCCAAAAACCGACAAGUUCAAGCUCGCGUUCAAAAUGAGCUCGACCAGCUCGGAGCUGAUCGAAUCACACUAUUUCAUCGGCCGCAAUUGCCCUACACACAAGCUACUUUGAAUGAAAUCCAAAGAAUGGCCAACAUUUUGCCAAUAAACCUAUUACGCACUGUGGCGGUUGACACCCAAAUUGACGGAUAUUCGUUCAAAAAAGGCGACCUUGUGAUUCCGCAAAUUUCGAUUCUCAUGAAUGAUCCCGAAUUCUUUCCUGAUCCGCACACCUUCAAUCCGGACAGGUUUUUGGAAUCGACUGGAAAUCUUAAACGAAUCGACGAAUUCUUGCCGUUCUCAAUCGGACGCCGGCAAUGUCUUGGCGAAUCGCUGGCUCGCGCCGAGCUCUUUCUCAUUUUCACGAAUUGCCUUCGAAACUUUAAUUUUGAUAGGGUUUUCGGUCUGACUGUUUCUCCGUCGCCGUAUUCAUGCACUGUGACAAAACUCGACGUCGACACCAACUCGAAUACCCUUUAA